AUGCAUAUUUCACUGCGCGUGAAGUCGGGAAGAGACUAUGCAGUCAAAGCUGCAGCUGCGCCCAAAGGUGGUGCACAAGGAAAGGUAGUUGCUGUCAUCGGUGCUGUAGUUGAUGUACAAUUCGACGAUGCUCUGCCACCUAUCCUUAAUGCUUUGGAGGUACAGAAUCGUACACCCAGGCUGGUACUCGAAGUUGCCCAACAUCUUGGAGAAAACACAGUUCGCACCAUUGCUAUGGAUGGUACGGAGGGCUUGGUACGUGGUCAAAAUGUAUUGGAUUCUGGGUUUCCUAUUCGUAUUCCUGUAGGAGCUGAAACUUUAGGCCGUAUCAUCAAUGUUAUUGGUGAACCGAUUGACGAGCGUGGACCCAUUGCCACAAAUAAACUGGCCCCUAUUCAUGCAGAUGCCCCCGAAUUUGUAGACAUGUCCGUCGAACAAGAGAUUCUAGUCACGGGCAUCAAGGUCGUGGACUUGCUGGCUCCUUACGCUAAGGGUGGAAAGAUUGGCCUAUUCGGUGGUGCUGGAGUCGGCAAAACUGUACUCAUCAUGGAACUGAUCAAUAAUGUGGCUAAGGCUCACGGUGGUUAUUCAGUAUUUGCUGGCGUGGGUGAAAGAACGCGCGAGGGGAACGAUCUCUAUCAUGAGAUGAUCGAAUCUGGUGUCAUUUCUCUCAAGGAUAAGACCUCUAAGGUAGCACUAGUGUAUGGGCAGAUGAAUGAGCCACCUGGUGCCCGCGCCCGUGUAGCUCUCACUGGUCUCACCGUCGCCGAGUACUUCCGUGAUCAAGAAGGUCAGGAUGUACUAUUGUUCAUUGAUAACAUCUUCAGGUUUACUCAAGCUGGUUCUGAGGUAAAUAAAUAUAAUUUGUUAAGCAAAUUUAAGGUAGUUUUAGCGAGCAAGUCCCAGUCAAAAGUUAGUCCCUCCAUAUGACUAAUAAUUCAAUAA